AUGGCAGAAGUAAACAUUACAAAGGUGGCGGCCACUCAUCUUGAGGAGACUCUCGGUGAAGGCGCCAUCGUCGAUGCCAAACAUGCCUCUGACGAAGAACAUUCGCAGACCUUGUUGCAGGCCUUGAAAAGCAACCGCAAGGCUGUAUUCUGGUCCAUGAUGAUCUCGAUGAGUAUCAUAAUGGAGGGCUACGACACAAUCCUCAUGGGAAAUUUCUUUGGAUAUCCGGAGUUUGCGAAGAAAUACGGAACGGAUCAUGGAGGCAGUGUGGGAUACCAGGUCUCAGCACCUUGGCAGUCUGGCUUGAAUAUGGGUUCGACCGUUGGAGCAAUUUUCGGCGGUAUCCUAAACGGAUAUCUCGUGUCUCAACUCGGUUACCGAUACGUGAUGAUUGGAGCGUUGUUCUUUAUGAACGCUUUCGUCUUCAUCGUGUUCUUCGCCAACUCCGCAGCGGUAUUACUAGUCGGUCAAAUCCUCUGCGGUUUGAGCUGGGGUGUGUUUGCAGUCGCCAGUCCGUCGUAUGCGUCAGAGGUUUGCCCAACAAACCUGAGAGGUUACCUCACGACCUAUGUCAAUCUGUGUUGGGCAAUCGGCCAGUUUAUCGCAGCAGGUGUGCUCGAGGGACUCAUCAACCGCCAUGAUCAAUGGGCAUACCGUAUUCCAUUUGCCAUCCAAUGGAUAUGGCCAGUUCCGCUCAUGAUAGUUUGCUUCUUCGCGCCCGAAAGUCCCUGGUUCCUCGUGCGCAAAGACCGGGUAGAUGAUGCUAAGAAGAGCCUACGACGUCUAGGAGGAGAGAAGACUGAGGACCAAAUCAAUGGCCAGCUUGCUAUGAUGAUACACACCGUCAACAUCGAAGAAGCUCAAGCGAAAGAAAGCAAAUCUUAUGUCGAGUGCUUUAGAGGCACUGACCUUCGCCGUACAGAGAUUUGUUGCGUGGCCUUUUUCGGACAGAUUCUUUCAGGAAGCUCAUUUGCAUACUCCCCUAGUUAUUUCUUUACGACAGCUGGCAUGAGCCCAGAUCACGCAUAUCAGCUCAACCUAGGUGGAACGGCAAUUGCUUUCCUAGGAACAGUCUUUUCCUGGUUCUUGAUCACCCAUUUCGGCCGCAGAACUUUGUAUGUAACAGGCCAAGGUAUCUUGUGUACCACGCUCCUUGUUAUCGGAAUCAUAAACGCUGCAACCUCCGCCAAGAACGCCAUUUGGGCAGAGGCGGCAUUAUGCAUCUUUUGGCUCCUCGUAUAUGCCUUGACAGUCGGUCCUCUUGCGUAUGCAAUUGUAUCAGAGACAUCGUCUAUCAGGCUGCGCCCACUUACGGUGUCAUUGGCCAGGACAGCCUAUCAGAUCAUAAAUAUUGUUUCGCAGGUCCUUGAACCGUAUUUCAUGAACCCUACUGCUUGGAACGCAUCUGGAAAGACAGGAUUCUUCUGGGGUGGCACAGCUCUAUUAACAUUCAUCUGGGCUUACUUUCGCCUACCAGAAACCAAAGAUCGUACUUACGAAGAGCUCGAUAUUUUGUUUGCAAAGAGGAUUUCUGCGAGGAAGUUUGCAUCGGAAAAGGUCGAUGCAUAUGAAACGCAUAUUGAAGCAGAAGCGGUGGAAAAGAAGUAA